UUUUCGGUGUAAUAUUUUUAUCAAAAGUGUCGACCGAACGCAUUCGACGAGAAAAUACACUUUUAUAAAUCUGAUUACAACCGUCGGUCACGCGUUAUCACAUCUACGAUUAUCGGUCGCCGCCGUUGUCCGGAGGUUACAUCCACCGUGUGUCGGCCGUCGUCGACGGACAAACAUGGAUUUAAUAAUAACAGCGACGGCCGCCGAACCGUCUUUGUCUUAGGAGUUAGGACGCCGCCGAGUAUAUUAUUAUAGAUAUAGAUAGGUGUAAACCGUUUGGUCGGUUCAAGCGUUCGUCAAGAGUCACACGACAGUGUUGCGCAACCGGCGGCGAGCAGAGCGGAUUCCGUUGUAUACGAUUAACGCACACACAAGUCUCCAGCAGUGUUUAUAUGAGCUACUUUCCGGGCUCCGGCGAUUUGGCCGGCACCACAGCCAACGACUACGAUUUCGAAACGCACGUUAAAGACCCAAACAACAUCAAAAACGAAACCGGAUACCUUCAAAAUGUCCAAGACGAUUGUUUUUACGCCGAACAAAAUAGUUCAAUGGGAGGUGACGACACCGACAUAAACGCCAACAAUACAAACGAAGACAAGCGGGCUACUUACUUCCAAGAUUCUCAUCAUAUUUCUAUGCACGAGCCGUCUACCACCGAACUGGUGCCGUUGUCCAUCUAUCCUUCGGAAAACGACCUACAAAAUAAUGGAAUCGUGCAUUCCGGCGAUGUCAGUAGCAACACGGUCACGUCUUUGGGGUCUCCUGAGGAACGGUCGCCCACGUCCACUGACCAACAGCAACCGCCGCCACAGCAGCAGCAGCAGCAGCAGCCCAGCGCGACCACCUUGCCUAACAAGCCGCCCUACUCGUAUGUCGCCCUCAUUUCCAUGGCCAUUGAACAUUCGCCGUACAAACGCGUUACGCUGUCCGAGAUUUACAAGUACAUCACGGCCAAGUUUCCGUACUACGAAAAGAACAAAAAAGGAUGGCAGAAUUCCAUAAGGCACAAUCUGUCGUUAAACGAGUGCUUUGUGAAAAUACCCAGAGACGGCGGUGGCGACAGGAAGGGCAACUUUUGGACGUUGGAUCCCAAGUACGACAACAUGUUCGAAAAUGGAAACUACAGACGGCGGCGAAGGAUGAAAAGGCCUUACAGGACAACGCCGUACAGUAGACCCGGUUCAUAUUUCGGACCGGAUUACAGCAGAGUUUUGGGACCUCAUCCGACCAAUUUUGGUUCCAACCCCAAUAUGGCACCAAGAUACGACCACAGUAAUAGUUGGCCAAUAUCGCCGUAUUCGCCAGUUCCACAAACGCAUCAGCUGCAUUUCCCACUAACGUCUCAGUUGCAGCCGGUGCAGUCAGUUCAGAUCUCAUCCAUGAACCACCCCAACUACAACCACCACUUACCAACGACAAUAGCGAACCCGAGUAUGCCGUUUGGCGGUUCGUAUCCGCAGUGUCAGAGGAGGCCCCAACAAGAAGUCCUACCAGACACUACACUUCAAUACCCUUAUUGGGCUUCAUCCACUUCUUCGCCAGACCACUUAAUAUCUGUGAAAGAAGAACAUCUCAAUCUCAUCGAAAAAGCACAAGACACUUUGAACCUCGAUCAUUUUGAAGUUGAAAAUCCGCAAAACGUCGACUUCGAAGUGACGGACUCGAGACAAAAAUGUUAUUUGUGAAACCGUCGUUUGAAGACCAUAACAUAAUAAUAUAUAUUUAUUUAGAGUUCCAAUUAAUUUUUUUUUUUUUUUUUAAAACUCAUCAUACAACUAUAAAUUACAAUAUACCUAUAGGUGAUAAUUAAAUUGGUCGAUAAACGUGAAGUUGUUUUAUGUUUAAAAAAAAUAUGAUAUAAUAAUAUAAAUCUUAUUUAUAUAAAUAUAUAUAUAUAUAUAUGUAUGCCGAUAAUAUAGACAAAUUAUCAUUUAUUAUUUAAUUGUGUGUUUCACGUAACUCGGGGGAAUCGCAGAGGCAGGCUAACAAGUAUCGGUAUAGCCUAUAUUCAAUAAGUAUAAUUUAUUUAUCAAACGUUUUUCUAAAGGUUUUUUUUUUUUUUUUAUAUAAUUUGUGUCAGGACCGGACUAGAUUUUUUUAUUUUAUUUUGUUACAACAGUACUCAUGUAGGAAUUAUAUACUGAUUUAAUUUGAUUAUAAUACGCUUUAAGCACAUGUACGCAUUUGUCAACGCAUCGAGAUACGCAUUACAUAUUUGUACCUAACUUAGGACAUUUUUAUUUUGAAGAAAAAAAAUGUACUUAGUGACUUGAUUACAAUUUAGUUAGUUUUUGCACGUGUACUUGAAUGUAUGAUUGAUUUUUACUUAAACAUCUUUAAACGUUUAUAAAACAAAAUUUGGUUACUUAAAAAAAGUAGACAAACAAUAUGAUGUCAAAAUAUUAAUUAACCAAAUUUGUGUCUUCCUAUACAAAUUAUGUAUGUAAAUUAAUAAAUAUUAAUGUAAUAUAUAUCUAUUUACUCGUGUUCUUACCUUAAAUAGAAUUUUAGAGUUUUUCAAAAGUACAAACCGGUGUAAAAAAUCUGUAUGAAAUACCUAUAUUGGAUAAUUUAAGUCUGCCUCUGAACUAAAAAAAAAUAUAUUUUAUGUGUACCAAUUUUAUAUUUUUGUAUAAUACAUUAAGCUUUAUU